UUGUUGCAAGUUUGGUUUGGUCUAUCUAUGUUGAGCUUGCAGGCGCUGCUCUUCAACGACAUGCCACUGCGUUCGAUCAACAUUCGCAUAUUUACGGAUCCAUUAAUAUUUACGGAUAUAAUCCAUGGAUUCUAGCAACUGAUCAUUGACUGUAAAUUUUACAAAAGAAGAAGAAGAAGAAGAUCAUAUUAGAAGUAGCAUGUCAGACGAGAAAACUGACUCUUGCUCCAUUGUGUUCAUCAUUUUCUUAAUCUUGAUAACAGGUGUGCUUGUCGCUGGAGAUUCUCUGGAAGCAGACAGAGAUGUCCUGCUAGAACUGAAAUCAUUUCUCGAACGAACCAAUCGCGUAUACCAAGGAGGAUACUCCCAAUGGAACAGUCAGAACUCGAGUAGCAUAUGCGAUGAUUGGCCGGGAAUAAUAUGCAGUUCCAACCAGACAAUUAGAAGGGUCACCGGCAUCAACCUCUCGAACAGCCAAAUCGCCGGCGAGAUAUUCGGAAACUUCUCAUCGCUAUCCGAGCUUUCAUACCUUGACCUCUCCACGAACACUCUCGGUGGAGCGAUCCCGGAGGACUUGAGCCGGUGCCAGAAUCUUGUGUAUCUCAAUCUGUCGCAUAACAUCCUGGAAGGCGAGCUGAAAUUGUCUGGAUUGAGGAAACUGGAGAAGCUUGAUUUGUCUGUUAACAGGUUUUGUGGGGAGGUACAGUUGAGCUUCCCCGCAAUUUGUGACAAGUUGGUUGUGGUGAAUAUAUCGGCGAAUAAUUUCACGGGUGGGAUCAAUGGUAGCUUCGAUGAUUGCUUGAAUUUGCUGUACUUGGAUUUGAGCUCAAAUAACUUCAGUGGGGAGUUGUGGAAUGGUUUUGCAAGGCUGCUAGAUUUUUCCGUCUCCGAAAACAGUCUCACAGGGCUUGUUUUGCCGUCCAUGUUCACUGAAAACUGUAGCCUGGAGAUUCUGGACCUGUCGGAAAAUGGCUUCAUUGGUGGGGUUCCGAAGGAAAUAUCAAAGUGUCGAAAUCUGGUUAUUUUGAAUCUGUCGGGGAACAAUUUUACAGGGAAAAUACCAGCUGAGAUUGGAUCGAUUUCGAAUCUUGAAGCUUUGUACUUGGGGAGCAACAACUUUUCCAGUGUGAUCCCUGAUUCGCUUCUGAAUUUGAAUAACUUAACCUUCUUGGAUUUGAGCAAGAACAAAUUUGGAGGAGAUAUACAAAAGAUUUUCGGGAAUUUCACGCAGAUUAAGUUUCUUGUAUUGCACGGGAAUUCAUACACUGGUGGAAUAAAUUCGUCGGGGAUUCUCAAGCUACCUAAUGUUUCAAGAUUAGACCUGAGCUACAACAAUUUUUCAGGUCCACUACCAGUUGAAGUCUCUGAAAUGCCAAGUUUGAUCUUCUUGAUCCUUGCUUACAAUCAAUUUUCUGGAAAUAUACCGCCGGAAUAUGGAAACUUGUCCCUCCUGCAAGCCCUUGACCUUUCUUUUAACAGGCUAGAUGGAUCAAUACCGCCCACCCUCGGAAAAUUGAGCUCACUCUUAUGGUUGAUGCUUGCAAACAAUUCUCUAACGGGUGAAAUUCCACCGGAGUUGGGGAAAUGCACAAGCUUGUUGUGGUUAAACCUUGCCAACAACCAGCUCUCUGGGGAAAUCCCACCUGAAUUGACGAAUAUUGGUAGCAAUGCCACAGCUACUUUUGAGUAUAAUAUCCGGCAAAAUAACCGGAUUUUUGCUGGCUCAGGGGAGUGUUUGGCGAUGAGGAGGUGGAUUCCAGCAGACUACCCUCCUUUCAGUUUUGUGUAUACUAUCCUCACAAGGAAGAGUUGCAGGAGCCUAUGGGAUCGGAUACUUCAAGGAUAUGGUCUUUUCCCAAUAUGUGUAGCCGGUUCAUUAGUCCGGACCUUUCAAAUCUCCGGUUAUGUUCAACUAAGAGGGAAUCGACUUUCCGGCGAGAUCCCUCCAGAUAUUGGCAAGAUGCAGAAUUUCAGUAUGUUGCAUUUGGGUAUCAAUAAUUUCUAUGGGAAACUCCCUCCUCAGAUCGGACAGAUCCCACUUGUAGUAAUAAACAUCUCCAGGAACAAUUUCUCGGGCGAAAUUCCAAAGGAAAUCGGUGACAUUAAAUGCUUGCAGAAUCUGGAUUUGUCUUGGAACAACUUUUCUGACACGUUCCCGGCGAGCUUCGGCAAACUAGCUGAGCUGAGCAAGUUCAAUAUCUCGUACAAUCCACUUAUCUCAGGCACAAUUCCAGCAACUGGGCAAUUUAUAACGUUUGGCAAGGACUCAUAUCUCGGCGAUCCCCUGUUGAAACUUCCAAGGUUCAUUGAUAACUCUUCAGGUGAACUCCCUAAGAGUAUGGAUCGGAAGCCGAAAAGGCCUACAAAAUUGGCUGCAUUCUUGCCGUUCCCAGCUGUGAUUCUAGGUUUCUUAAUAUUUGGGGUUUUGUCGGUCAUUGUCGUGAGUUUUAAAGUACUCGUCGAUUUUACCGCUGGCAAGUUUGUUGUAAAAAUUAAUCUCUAUUUAAACUAAUUUAUUUUAACUUAAUUUUAAAA